AGGGCGAGGCGGCGCGCGGGGCGGGACUGCGGCCGGCGUCAUGGCGCUCCUCCUCCGCAGGCUGCGGCUGCUCUUCCGAGAGGCGCCUCCUCGGGCUGCGGGAGGCCGACCUGGUAACCUGGUCCUCGGCGCCAGGGCGGGACACGGGGACGCAGGGUCUCUUACAAAGCAUGAGCCAUCUCUCACCAAAAGUGAGUGUCGAAAGAAGCUGACUCCCGAGCAGUUCUAUGUCACCAGAGAAAAAGGAACUGAACCGCCUUUCAGUGGGAUCUACCUGAAUAACAAGGCACCAGGAAUGUAUCACUGUGUGUGCUGUGACAGCCCGCUCUUCAGUUCUGAGAAAAAGUACUGCUCCGGCACUGGAUGGCCUUCGUUUUCUGAGGCCCACGGUGCGUCUGGCUCUGAUGAAAGCAACACAGGAAUCCUGAGACGUGUGGACACCUCAUUGGGAGCAGCUCGCACAGAGGUUGUCUGCAAGCAGGUAUGAUUUUCUUUGGCCACAGAACAGAAUCUUAAUCAUUUUCAUGGAUUAACAACUUUAUAGGUUAACCUCAUAUUCAAGAACUUUAUGUCUACCUCUCAUCAUCAAAUCAGUACACAUAUAUACAGUGUAAAAAAAAGAUGUAGUAAGAAUUUGUUUGAUGUUUGAGUAACUAGAGAUUAUGACUAAUGAAAUGAUCAUUGGAUUAUGUGUUGGUGGGUUGGUUACAUAUCCGCUCCUCUUUGUUAACAACAACAAAAAAAAUACCACCAAAACAGACCAUAAGUGACUGGUUUGACUUACAUCUUAAGCUCUGAAAGGAAUAUCAAAAUGUGAGAGCAUUUUGGGCAGAAGAUAUGAAUAGAUAUUUCCCCAAAGAAGACAUACAGAUGGCUAACAGACCAACGAAAAGAUGUUCAACAUCACUGAUCAUCAAGAAAAUGCAAAUCAAAACUACAAUGAGAUAACACCUCACACCUGUGAGAAUAGCUAUUAUCAAUAAGUCAACAAACAACAAGUGUUGGAGAAGAUGUAGAGAAAAAGAAACCCUUGUGCACUGUUGGCGGGAUUGUAAAUUAAUGUUGCCAUUAUGGAAAAAAGUAUCAUGGUUCCUCAAAAAAUUAAAAAUAGAAUCACCAUGUGACCCAGCAAUUCCAUAUCUGAGUAUUAUCUGAAGACAUCCUGAGCAUGAAUUUGAAAAGUUAUAUGCCCCUAUAAUAGCAAGAUAUGGAAACAACCUAAGUGUCUAUCGCUAAAUGAAUAGAUAAAGAUGUGGUAUGCAUACAGAGUGGGUAAAAGUAGGUUUACAGUUGUUUGUAUGGAAAAUAAUACAGUAAUUAAUAAAUAAUAAUACAAGAAUAAACUGUGUUUUGAAUACUUACAGCUGAAAACCUACUUUUGCCCCCCCACGUAACAAUGGAAUAUUACUUAGCCAUGAAAAAAGAAUGAAAUCUUGCCAUUUGCUACAACAGGAAAAGACCUAGAAGGGUAUUAUGCUAAGUGAAAUAAGUCAGACAGAGAAAGACAAGUGCCAUAUGAUUUCACUUAAAUGUGGAAUCUAAGAAAACAAAACAGAAACAAGCUCAUAGAUAAUGGUCGCCAGAUAGCAGGGGUAUUAAGAAGGGAUGGGUGGAAAAGGUGAAGGGAUUAAGAAGUACAAAAUAGGAUUUAAAGUACAGCAUAGGGAAUAUAGCCAGUGAUAUUGUAAUAACUAUGGUGCCAGAUCAGUACUAGACUUAGCAGGGUGAUCACUUCAUGAGUAAUAUAAAUGUCUAAUCACUAUGUUGUACACUUGAAAUUAAUAUAAUACUGUGUGUCAACUGUAAUUAGAAAGUAAGCUCAUUUUUAAG